AUGAUCCACGAGAUGCAGGGCAAGGCUGCGAUCCUCCCUGUCACUCUGGCAACUUUACACCCCACGGCAUCUGGUGGUUCCACAUCUUGUCCCGUUCCAAAGAUGAAGCCUCCACAAAAAGCAGAGCAGAAUGCUUUGAUCAUUGAAGCGUUGAGGAGUCGUGAAGCCACUGGUAGAGGUGCCGACAACGGCAGCAAACGAAAAUGGCCGUGCAGCAGCUUGGUCGAUGGGCUCCGGGACAGCAGACCAACCGCGCCGUUCCAGAAAUAUUCGGGCUUACGUGACUAUUAG